AGGCCGGCGAGGGACCGCGGGUAUAAUAUUAAACACAAACUUCUCAUUACUACUUUAAUUGAUAUAAAAUUUGAUGCAAAACUUAGUUACAUGUAUAGAUGAUAUGUGUGUCAUUAAAAUAAAAAAAUUAUAGUUAUAAUAAUGGAGCUGUAAUGAUUUAGGUUAUUCAGUGACAAUGUAGGUGUUUGUUUAUACUGUAGGGAGAGCUGUGGUGGUCACCGUUGUGUUGUCUUCAGUCUUAAGAGAAAAAGGAAAUUAUAAGACGAUGUAUAGAAUGCGGCCGAGUUUAUACACAUUAGUUGGUAGUUGUGGGGUGAAUGUGUUCAGACACUACCGUAGAUAUGCCAGGCGCCCCGUGAGGGUCCACAGCCCUGUAAUGAAGGACGAGAGUCUUACCUUCACUAACAUCACUUUUAAUGAUCAAUUUAAGAACAACACUUUGAGUAAUAAUAAAGUAAAUGGUAAAGAUGGAAGACAACAACCAGAGUCCUCACAAUCAACAGGGUCAACACCACAAGAGGAUUCCUCACAUUAUCAAGUGCACACAACCUUGGCCCAUAACUCACAACACGAAACCAACAAUUUAGUAAAUGAAGUUCAAUUUGAGCACUUAAAGGAUGCCAAGGAUUUUGUGAGGAGUUUAUUAAAUAACAUCAGUUCCCGUAAGUUCCGAGAGGAGAACAAGUUUUUCGUAGGUGAGGGAUAUCGCAUCAUAAAAGAAGCCCUUGAUGCUGGGGUAAUGCCUGAAGCCAUCUACUUCUCCAGACACCAUCAUCUUGCUCUGCUGAAACCUGGCUCACCAAAUUUUGGGCUAGAGGAACUUAACGCUCUGAACGAAUUGCCGCUGUACAAGACCCCAUACAAGAGGCUCCAGACAUUGUCUUCACUCACUACUUGUCCCGGUAUAUUAGGUGUGUUUAAGCGGCCAGAAUUUGGCAGUAGUCAACAUGUGUCACAAAGUGUUCCAGUGACGGUGAUCCUUGAUGAGGUACGAGAGCCAGGAAACCUUGGUGGGAUCCUGCGUACACUGGCCUCAGUGGGAGUGGACCAAGUGGUUCUCAUCAAGGGUUGCUGUGAUCCGUGGGAAUCCAAAGUCUUACGAGCGGCGUGUGGCGCACACUUCCGGAUAAAGCUGACGGUCAAGGCUACCUGGAGUGUCAUUCACAACUACGUACCAGAAUAUGCUCCACUUCUUUUAGCUGACGUAUGUCGAAAAAUAGACCUUGAUGGUUGUGUGAAUGAGAACAUACAAGUUCUUAAUUCACCCAAAGUUAAACCUGUGACAAAAAAUAGUACUUCACUAUUUAUUGAAGAAGACGCAGUCAAUGUAUAUGAAAUUAACAGUGAAGGGAAAAAAGUAGUUACUGAUCCCAGCUAUGAUGAUGAAGAACACCUCUCUCACUUUGAAAAUGUGCAGCUUCCAGUUCAUUAUUAUGAUGACAUACAAAUCCUUCAGAAAAUAUCUAAUAUAUCCCCUCAAGUUGUUAUCAUUAUAGGUGGUGAGACUGGCAUUAGUAAAGCAGCAAGAAAGUUUGCUUGUUUCAAUGGUGGUCUUCAAGUAGCAGUUCCACUUGCAAAUGGUAUGGACAGUCUUAACACCAGUGUGGCAGUGGGAAUUAUAUUAUAUGAAAUACAAAGACAGUUUCGUCGGCUGCGAUUACGUGACCGACGGAGCUUAAGUUCGGAGACAUCUUUGUGAAAGUUUAGUUUAAAUGAGUGGGAUUCAUUUAGACAAAUGAUUGUAUGGCACCUACCAUAUAACCUUUACUUUAAAUUCUUUAGACUAACGCAAAUAUCUGGUCACCAAGUUAUAACUAAUUAUUUAUCAUGAGGUUUUGUGAAAGUGUCCUUGAGCCAACAGUAAGCUGGACUCUUAUUGUAUUUAAAGAUUACAAGAUUAAAUUGUUUUGUAUAAGUGUUAGCACAGUGUGUGUAGCUCAAAGGUGACUGGCACUACUGUAUUGGUGUCACACCUCUCAGCUAAAGAAAUGCGGGGAGAGUCUGGCAUUUAAAAACAGUCUGAACUCAAUUAUGGUUGGCUCAGUUAUAAUUUAUCAUUAUAGAUAAAGUGGAAGUUCAGGAAAAAAGUUUCAGUUCUUAUUCAAAAUUCAUUGCUUAGUUAAAGUUCAACUUUAAUUUUGGUAGUGGUAAUUUUAGGGAUCUCACAGCAAAUAUGUUGAAGGAAAUCUGCCGUGAUGUCGGUGUAAAACCGACCCUCCUUCCAUUGGACGGUGCGAA